GGCUCUUGUCAUGUAGUCCCAAAUUCAGGGUUGUCACCAGUCUGAUCUACUAUUUCUCCCCCUCUGAGCGUCGAGAUUAACAUUGACAUGAAACUGCAGCCGGCGCUUGUCGAUUCCACUGUUACUGAAUUCGUAUAAAACGGCUGCAGCUCAUGGCGCCUCGGCCAGGGCGUGCAUCAUGCACAGUGGAUCCUCUUUUGAGAAGUCCCAGAUGCCAUUUAGGCCUUGCCUGAUGGUUGGCAGUCGGGAUUUUUUUAAGUUCAAUAAAGACCCACGCCAAUCUUUGGUUCUCAAGAGACACCCUCAAAUCUCAGCGGCGCAAUGCCGAAUCCUAUGGUCACCAGUCAGCCAAAGAGAGCGUCCAAUUUCGUUUAAAUUAGCCACAAUCGGGUACCUGGCUGGUAUGUCGCCGACCCGAGAGCACGAUUUGUCAACGAAUCUUCCAUUGGGAUCACAAGCAAUGCCGGAUCCUGGGAAAAUUUGGGGGGAACCUUGGUUUCCUACUCGCUUAUCCCUCGAUCCAGCCGGAAAGUCAGGCAGCUCGUGCCCGGAUUGAGAUCUCUUGUUCAAACUCUAAAAAGUCCUGACUAGUUAUAUGUGCCAUGCCAUCUAGUUGGCAGGACCAGGUCCAGUAUGACUGACACUGCGGUGCCUCCACAAUGUUUUGGUUGAAGAGGCCCUGUCAAUAAGUCCACCCCCUGUAACUCUGCUUCACCAUCCCGGUCCUGCUCAGGGCGCAAAAAGUCAUGGGCGCAAGUGAACCCGAUGGCGGCCCAGCCCUGCGGACGGGAAUCUGGGUCGCCAUGGCCCUGGCGACACUGAUUGUUGUUCUCAGGGUCUUCGCUAAGCUGAAGAUCGGCCAAUUCCGCGUGGAUGACAUCUUGAUGAUCAUUGCUAUGAUUCUGGCGAUCGUCGCAACGGUCUUUUUGACCUUGUCAGUUAGUCAUGGGUUUGGCAAGAACCUGGAGACCCUGCCGCUUAAGGAUAUGGAGGCCGUGUUGAAAGCUAUCGCGAUCGAGGUUCCGAUUGUGACUAUGAGCACCACCAUUGCCCGCUGCUCCUUUAUCAUAUACCUCCUCGCUAUCCUCGGCUCCAACAAAACGUAUCGAUUCGCUUUAUGGUUUAUCAUGAUCUGGCAGCUCUCCGGCAACAUCGUCUCCGCUGUCCUCCCUCUUAGCAUCUGCCGUGAUGUCCGGAUUCUCUGGGAUCCGACCGUGAAGACGACGUGCGGUGACAGUAGCGCAGUGAUCAAAUUUGCCUACUACUCCAACACCGUCAACUCAGCCACCGACUUGUUUCUGGCCGUGUUUCCCAUCCCUGUCUUUUGGAACCUCAACCUGAAAACGCGUGUCAAGCUCGGCUUGAUUGUUCUACUCAGUCUAGGUCUUGUGGCGAUGGUGGCAUCUAUCGUGAAAACAACGAAACUCGACCAACUCCCCAGCAUCACGAACCUGGGUGCUUCCGGUGGCAUUGAGCUCAUCCGCUGGGGCUAUGUGGAAACCGCCGUGAUUAUCAUCACCUCGUCGAUCCCUUGCAUCCGGCCGCUGGUCAUGUCUUCCGUCAAGAAAUUCUCCAGCCACAGCUUCUCCCGUUCGUAUGAACUGCACAACCCCUUUUCUGGGAAUCGUCGCACAGGUGAGAAUGCAACCACUCAGUCGCGCCGUAAAUUAGCGACGAAUAACGAUGCCGAAACGUGUAGUAUUGAGCGUAUUCUAAACCCCUAUUCGCACAACACCGUUAUCGGUAGCCAUCAAACGUCGUCGAAUCGGUCGGAUCAAGGCAUUACGAAACAGGUCGAGAUGUCGGUUUAUUCGAGUGAGGACCCGGCGAGGAGUGUUUGAGAUUCGGAAUCUACCUCUCGGUCUUGUUCACCCUUGUAGAAUCAAUCAUAAUUAUACCAUGUACGUCCUGAUGUGGACUAGAUAAUAGAACUAUUCAAUAAUGUGCCGAAUUGCAGUCAGUACGCAUGAUGAACUACUGGGUAUGCACUCUCUUCACGUUGAUAGAGAUAUAGGAUUAGCCCUGACCUUAGACAAGU